AUGGCUUCGUCGUCUUCUAUAGACAAGCUUGUAUUCUUCUUCUUAGCUUGCAUCCUCCUCUUCACAUUCUCAGACAACUUCGUCGCUGGAGAUUCUGAUAAAGUAAAGCUCAAUCUUUACUACGAAUCACUUUGUCCCUUUUGUCAGGAUUUCAUCGUCGAGGGUCUAGUCAAAAUAUUUGACUCCGAUCUCCAGACAAUCACCGAUCUCAAGCUUGUUCCAUUUGGUAACGCACGUGUCUCCGAUGAUAUGACUGUUACUUGCCAGCAUGGUGAAGAGGAAUGCAAACUAAACGCAAUUGAAGCUUGCGCCAUAAGAACUUGGCCCGAUCCGAAAAUGCACUAUGGGUUCAUACGCUGCGUAGAAAAGGACACGAAAAAUUGGGAAGCAUCAUGUGUUAAGUUAUAUGGAGGUGAGAAAGCCAUUAAAGAUUGUUACUCCGGUGAUCUCUCCAAAAAUCUCAUAACUGAGGAUGCAAACCAGACUUUAAGUUUGAAGCCGAAACUUAAAUAUGUUCCAUGGGUCACAGUCAACGGCAAACCACUCUAUGAGCGUAUGGAUGACUUUGUGGCAAAAGUGUGUAAAGCGUACAAAGGAAAGACUUCUCUCCCAAAAAUUUGCAGCUCCUCUGCCUCGCAUGUGAGCAAAAGGUCGAAGCUUCGAGUCUCUUAUGCCGAUGAAGCUAUCAAUUAUUAA